AUGGACUAUCUACAGCUGUGUCUUUUCUGGUAUCUUGAUUCGAAAUUCAGCAUUCGGGAUCAACUCGCCGGUAACAAGAUCAGUUCGCGUCCUCUACCGACUGGCAUGGAUAAUCCACUACCAUGGUUUGCAUACUUAUGCUCCCAAAAACCUUCUGUUAGAAAGAUAUGA